CCCGCUGGCAUAUACUCACAUCCUAACACCUUCAAACUUUUGCAUUGCUAGUUUUUCUAUAGAAUCACCUUCUCCAAUCUCAACAAAACAGGAUUUGCUCCCUCUGGCUUAGAAUUCCCAGUUAUGACGGAUUCAGUAAUGUUGGAGCUGUCUUGUCUUGAGUCAACUAAGCCAGAAAAUAAGCUAAAAGUCGGUGAAACAGUUGAGCAUGAGCCGGCUCAAGCUAAUUCAGGCGAGCCAACAAGUUUUCUAAAUGAUGAAAGUACUACCAUCCAUUCGGUAGACAAAAUAAUAGAGCAAAGUUUGGGUGGUUUUGGUUGGGUACAGUUGGUUCAAGCGUUUCUAGUGGCUUUGUCAUCCUUAUUUGAUUCAUUACAAACAUUCAUCAGUAUCUUCACUGAUGCCGAUCCUAAAUGGCACUGCACCAAUAGUAACUCUUCAAUAUGCAACCCAAACUCAAACAUCUGCAACAUCCCCAAGUCUUCCUGGGCUUGGAAUGGGCACUCAUCAGAGACAACUGUGUCCGCAUGGGGAUUAGAGUGUUCUAGUUCAUUCAUGACGGGACUACCCGCAUCAUCAUACUUCAUGGGUAGUUUGUUAGGCGGGUUCGUUCUGGCUGUAUUUGCUGAUUCAUCGAUCGGUCGCAAGAAAUUGUUAUUCCUAUCAUGUUUGGCAAUGUCUUUUACAUCUGCUAUCACCGUGUUUUCGACGAAUAUUUGGGUUUAUUCGGCUUUGAGAUUUGUCUGUGGCAUUUGUCGCGUGCCGAUCGGAACAUGUAAUCUAGUAUUGCUAACGGAGAAGGUAGGGAAGGAAUGGCGUGGAAGAGUUGGGGUCAUGGAAGAGCUGUUUUUCACUUUAGGGUACUUGUCCUUACCUGGUAUUGCGUAUUUAACCAAAGGUUCUUCGUGGAAAUCACUUUAUUUGGCCACUUCAAUCCCAACAUUUUGUUACUGUUUGGUACUUUUAUUUUUUGUUAGUGAGUCUCCUAGGUGGCUUCUUACGCAAGGACGUCAUGAAGAAGCAAUUGUUGUACUCAAAACCAUUUCGUCUUCCACAAAAAGUAAUCCAGCACUACUAAGCCAGCUCAGCAAAUUAGAUAAGCCUCUUGAGGGAGAAACUUCAAAACCUAAUCAUUGGUCAAUGAUCAAGAAAUUGUUCAAGAAAAAAUGGGCAUUGCAACGGAUGGUGGGUUUAUUAGUGCCUGGAUUUUGUAUCGGUCUGGGGUACUUUGGUAUGGCAUUAGGAGUUGGAAACUUAGAUAUGAAUCUCUACUUGAGUGUUACACUAAAUGCCCUAUUGGAGAUACCUUCAUGUGUUAUGACUUUCUUGAUGAUUGAAAAGUGGAGCAGGAAAGGUUCGCUAAUCACACUUUGUGUACUUGGUGGGAUUUUUGGUAUAAUGACUCCAUUUGCAAGAAUUGGAGGAAUAGUGAUUGGAUUGGAAUUGGCAGCAUUUUUCUGUGCAUGUACUGCAUACAAUGUAAUUAUGAUAUACACAGUGGAAUUGUUCCCAACUUGUGUGAGGAACUUUGUUACAACAGCUGUAAGACAGACCUUGAUGUUUGGUGCGGUGUUUGGUCCAGUAAUUGUUUCCUCCUGGAGGAAUAAUGAGUUGCUGUCUUAUAGAGUGUUUGGUGCUCUGUUGUUGGUUUCUGGGUUCUUUAUGGUGAGACUGCCAGAGACAAGAGGUGUGGCCCUUUCUGAUACAAUUGAUGAGCAGGAGCAAAAAGACAAUAAUACGAUGCCGGUUUGAAGCUUCAGAGAUCCUUCGUUAGUUGCAGGAUAGAUAUUUAUUUCUUCAAUGUCAUCUUGUGUACGUGCAUAAAAGAAAUAUCACUUUGUAUACGUUGAGAUACACAUACGUAUAUAUAUGGUGGGUUGAGAAUCAUGCACGUGAUCAAGUGGCCUGCUGCCAUGAAUUGACUUUUUGUCUCUCGUAUAAUUAGUUAUAUUUUUCAAUUCA